AUGAAAGCAACAUUCACAACAAAACUUCCAAAAAACCGUAUUACAACUAAAAAAAACCCUUCAAAAUCUCAUCAUCUCUCACAAAAGUAUUUAACAAGGUUUCGGAAUACAUUUUAUCAAGUAUUAUGUGAUCAUGACCCAAAUUUAAUUUUAGAAGAAAAACAAGAUUUUUUAGAAUAUUUAGCUGGAAAGAUUUGGGAAUUAAACUUGUUACAACAAUUCAUCCCUUCAACUCGGGUUAAAAAUAAGAUAGAUGACGAAUAUUUCACUUUACUAAAUGAACAAGAAAUCAUUAAUAAAAUUAAUGAAAUGAUGCAAAAUGACUUUAUUACUUUUGAAUUUUGUGAGAAUGAUCGUGAAUGUAUAGAAAUUUCGACUUCAAUCUUGUCAAAAUGGAAACCUUGUCAUUCUGCUUGCCAUAAAAUGAUUUCUCAUAAACAAAUGGCUUAUGAAUAUAACACUGUAGUUAAAUUAUUAGAACAUGAAGGAGUAUCUAAGUUUGUUAAUUGGGCUUCUAAGCAAAAAAGUUAUUCUAAAGAUCAUGUAAUUCAGAAACUAAGAUAUUCAAAGUAA